UCAAAUACUAGGGGCUUGCCAUACUCGCCACCAUUUACAACCAAAAUUAAAAAACAAAGAUUGAAACUUUCCUUCUUUUGAGUUGUGAUCACCACCACCAUCACCCUCAACAAACCUCCCUCAAAUUCUUACAAUUCUUCAGCCACCAAGAUUUAUUCUUUCAUCAAUCAAGUCUCUGAAAAUAAAUCCACAAACCCCUCCUUUUUUUUUCGUUAAAGGGUUUUGAUCUUUCACUCCUUGCUGUGUUUUCUUUGCUUGAAACUCAGUUUCAAACACCGUUUCUUGUUUAAAAAAACUGUCUUUUUUAGUUCUUGGAUUUUUUGAGGAUGAAUAACAGGAGGAGACAGAGAGGUGAAAUUUAUCAACAUCAAGAAGUUCAAGGGACAACAAGAUCACGUUGUAGAAAACCUCCUCCUCAUCAUGGUAGUUGGCAGCCAACUGUUCCAUCAUGGGAAAAGAGAUUCUGCUAUUCAGUUGGUUCAAUUCCAUGGAGGAAGCUCCUGGAAACCCAAAGAUUUAUGUAUCUCUAUGAGAAUGUAGUUCAGUGGAAUGACUCUGCUGGUGAAGAGGCAUUUCACAAUGCUAAAAACCGAUUUUGGGCAGAGAUUAAUGGCCUACCUUGCAACAUAUCACUGCCUGAUCCUGAUAUUUAUAUUGAUCAAAUUGAUUGGAACUCCAAUGUUGAUCCUGAAUUGCUUUUAGACUUGGAGCGGGAACCGAAAGAUGUUGAUGAGACUAGCAAAGGGGAGGAGGUUGUGAUUAUUGGCAAUCCUCUACUCUUGAACCAGCCAUUUUCAUGUGCUGGAUGGGGGGAACUUGAGGAGGAAUUUCAAAAGGUUCCUGAUUUGGCAUUGGAUCCUGGACUUGGGGAUUUCAACCAUAAAGUCACCAAAGAUGAUUUUCCCUGGGAAAAGAGUGUUACUCUUCCUAAUGAAGCCAUGAACGAAGAUGGAUGGGGAAAUUGUUGGAAUGAUUCAUGCGGUUGGGGCAACAGUGAGUGGGGUGCUAAUAAUGACCGGAAGAAUGUUAGUGAUGGCACUGGUGGUGACUGGGGAACAUGGGAUGGGCAAGGCCAAAAGAGGGAAGGUGCUGUUCGUCACAUGUCAAGGUAUAAAACCUCCAGGUUUCACGGUGAUGAAUAUCCAGUAGACCGUGGAUUGUGGAGGCAUGGAAGAGGGAGGAGGAGGGUAAAUUUUGUUUAUUGACAGCUACUUCUGGGAGAAACUGUUCAAGGCAGUGGAACUCCAAGAAUCCUCGUGGAUUGCCUGUGUACUUUGGUUGAAUCGGGGCAGAAAGUUUUGCAAGUGUGAAGUAUAUAAUACAACAACUUAGGUGGUUUGUCUCCCUAUUGUUUUAUUUGUUGUGUAUCGAAGCAUAUACUGGUAGUCAAUAUAAUAGGAUGAUAACAACUUGACAAAUUCAAUGUCAUGUUGGAUUUUAUGCUGCGGUUUUGUAGUUUGCUUCAAGAAGUAUGAGAGUGUUUCUUGAUAUGUUAUCAAGUAUAGGUAUAUUUAUGCAUGUAAUGAGGAUUCUAAUCCUAAUUUUAGAGGCAGAAUCAUGUCCCCUGCCGUCUCUGCAUGGAUGCUAUUGAGAGGUUGUUAUUUUUGUUAUCCUGAUGAUGAUUCUUGUAUUUAAAGGCUGUUUUCUUC